UAGAAAACCAAUCAGGUGAUACAAAUGUGAGCUGCUGGACCAUAAGCAUGGCCUAGGGGAUUGUAGCAGGGGUAAACACAUCCUAUCAAGAAUUUCGGAACAUCGAUCAUGCCACAAAGACCCAACAUUUUGGCUCGUCAAACAUGUCAUUUACCCACAAACAUAGCUACAUUCUAGGGGCCCCACUCCUAGGCACGUGUCACCAUCUCAUUCUCCAACCCACUUGGCCCGCUCCUUUUAAGUUUCUUCUACUCCAUAAUUAUUCCAUUCAGCUUCAAUUUAUACUCAUCAUUCUCUUGCCCACCAAUUCUCUCGUCGACCUUGGUCAGAAGAUAUGAAGAUCUUCAACUGGGUUCAUAAGAGGUUUCAUCACAAGGUCCUUAAAGAUGAGGUUGCAGGAAAUGGGGAAAAGAUUGAACCGGAGAGUAAUACCGAUAAGGACACACAAGCAUUUCUGAGACAAGUUUCCCUUGUGGAUGGGCUUGAUCAGGGAUGGAGAGAUGGCAUUUUAACAAUAGGCACCUUUGGUUUCGACCCCCUAAAACCCUUCAACAACCAAAAUGACUACAGGGUUUUGGAGAGCGAGGAGGAUGGUAAGGAAGCCCAAGAAGUUUCACAUGGUGGUGGUGAUUGUGACAGUGAUGAAGAUACUGAUAAUGGCGAGUAUGAAGAACUGAACCCUUUGAUGUUUACAACAUUUGGACACAGUUUUGAGGAAACGGAGUCAAACUCUGAGGCCAUUGUUGCGAAACCAGAUGUGAUUUUGGACAUCGAUGGUGUUCCUCUUGCUCCUUUUGAGGGGUCUAAUGAAAUCAGUACUGAACCUGAUCACGAUUCUGAGAGUGAUCAAAGGAAGCGCAAAGGUGAAAGGAUAACACUGGCUGACUUAUUCAUGGCUGAUGGUCAUGAUGUUCAAUCGCAGCUUGACUCUCGCAAGGUCCAACCAGAGUUGAAGAAGAAAAUGAACCCUCGAACAAGGAAUGGUGGCCUGGCAUUUGCCAAGAAGCUCAUUCCUCGUGUCAAAGAGGAUUCAACUCCAAUCAAGAAUGUGCAACGACUGAUGAGGAGGAUGUUGAAGAGGAAGAUCCAUCCAGCAGACCUUGAUGUCAAGAAGCCUACUAGUGCAGUCGAACUUACCUGUACCAAUGUCGAAACUGAUGCUUCUGAAUCGGUUUCUUUGCUUCCAAUUCGAGGUGCCACUUCUGUGCAUUGAAUAAAGGCCUUCUGCAGGUUUCCUGGGAAUUAAUGUUCUUUUGUGUUUGCUAGCUAUAAAUAACUAUUUCAAGGACAAUGCUAAAUAGGAUUUUCAAAUGAUAUGAACUGUUGGAUCAUGUACCAGUUUAAUUUGUAAUUUUUCUUGAUUGCAUGUGUUUUAGUAUAUGAUCAUUCAAGUUUGGUUGUCUGUGGAACUCAUAUGCUGUGGUUCUGCCUUGGCAUUUUUAAUCCAUUUGUCCCUCUUCUCCGAA